CAUAACAAAUGAAAUAUCAUACCCGCAUGCUCCGUUGUAAUUGCUGUGUAAUGCCAUAUAUAAUGCAUAGACAAACUAUACUCUGUGGAAAAUGUCUAAAAGGCCAAAAUUAACAACUCAGACAUCGUCCUCGGCAGAGUUCCUAAAAAUUGUUUGACUCUGUAACAAGCGCAUUGACUUUUUCCAUUUCCGAUUCUAUUUUAUGCACUUUUCGUGGCAAGUUGUGUGUUUUGCAGCAAUAAUUGUGAACAUUUAAUUGGUAUUAAUGUGCGUUAGUGUUCCAAAAGAGCCUCCACCAAGGGAACACGCCAACAGCCUUGAGGCAGAAACUUUUACAUCGAUUGUUAUUAUGUACCUCAAUAUGCUACGAGACAGACUUGUGGCCAGUGGGCGAAAGUUGAUGACAGAUCUUCACUUGUAUGAGAUGAUGGAUGAAGCUGCUAUUUAUUUGGCACAACAUCCUAUUUUAACUGUAGUAGUGAUUGCUGUGGCUAUAUCCUGUGGAAUUCCUGUUCUCAUGUUUGUUGUCUUUGCAAUCUUGACAGUUCUCUUCACAUUUGCUGGCUUCAUUGUCAUUGAAGGGACACUUCUGACAGUGGGCUCAGUUCUUUUGUGUGGCUUUGUUCUGGCCAUUCUAAUCAUACUCGUCACCAUUGCUGCUACAGUGGGUGUGGCUUAUCUUGGUUUCAUUGAAGUUUAUGGGCUACUACAGAACAGUCCAGAAAACAGUGCUCUAGCACAUUUUUUGCCAAGAAAAUCAGCCACUCAACAUCCUACUAUCUCAUCUACUGCUCAAAAUCUUCAUGAAGACUGAUUUCUUGCAUUGUUUAUAACAUUUGCAAUGAAAGCUUAAUGCAAUUUUUCAAGAAUGCAUGUAUGGAAACAUUGCGUUGAAAUGUCUUUGAAACUUUUCUUUUUUUUUAUACCUUUCAAAACAAAAGAAUGAUUGACUUUACUUGUAAAGAGAUCAAUCAAAGCUGCAUUUUGAGAUGUUUAACCAUGUCGCUGCAUUGUUGAAAGUACUAAUAAUAAAAUUCCCAGAACUCUGAAAUCCUUGUUUCACAAACGUGGAUAAUUCAACUGUUUGGAUUGGACUAUUUAAAGAAAUAGUUUCAUACCUAAUUUAUUUCGCUUAAAAGAACAAUUUAUUAGGAAUUAUGGCAGUAUUUCAUUAGAAAGCAACUAAGUUAAAUUUUGCUUCUAUUUUCUUUGGGGAAUUUAUGAUGUAUGGAGAUUUGGUUAAAAAUCUUUAUCUCUUGCAAUUUAUAAAUCAUUGAGGAUGUAACAACCCUUUCACACUUGAGAGACAAUGUAGAAUGUGUGUAAUAAAGUGAUUUAUGUUAAAAGACUCCCAACUAGCUAAAGAUAGUUGUUGAUCCGUGUUAAUUUUUUUUUUUCCUUCCACUGAAAUAGCUGCCUUUAUCACAUUAAUUUCAUAUCGUAAACUGUAAUAUUACUAUAAUGGCAAUGUAAAAAAUAAAUUAGAUUUGUAUUCUGAAAAAGUCUACACUUAAACUUGUUCUGUACAAAACUUUCUGGGGUGAUACUUCUGUAUUUCCAUGGUAGUAAAAAAUUAUGAGUAGUAAAAAAAUGAGAUAUUUCAAACAAUUGCUCUUGAUAUUGUAGAAAUGGUUCAUGAAAAAUUUUCCUGUGGACAUGUUAUGCAAUAUUUUGACGAGAGGUUCAUGCAUUAUGCUUCCAAGGAUUACUGUAGUUACACUCAAUGCCCAUAGAGAACUAACAUGUGCAACAUAUUUUUAAAAAAAUCUUUAAAAGUUAAUUGUUUCCCUACUUAGCUAUCUAACUUUGUUGCACAUAUAAUCAGUGGUCACAAGUAAUUUUUGUGAAGCGUUGUUUUUAAUUUGCUGUUAAUUUAAUGCUAUUAAUUUUUAGUAAUGUAUUUUAGGCGUUUUCUGCAUAGUUUGUUGGAGACUUUUUAUGGCAUUGUCAAAUUCUUAAAUUCUUUUUAAUCACUAAUAUACACUCAAAAUGAAGUGGAAUUAGGAAAAUGGAAAGAAGGCUUAAAAAUCAGAAAAAUUCUAUUUUGAUUUAAUUACAGUGCAUAACUUGCAUGCGUUUUGUAAAAUAAAGUUUGUGUGUUAUUCGUUGAUUGUUAAGCUGACUUCUCUGACCCCUUCAACUUCUCUGUUUAACAGUAUUACUGAAUUUUGAAGAGAUUGGUGUACUAAGUUAUUUACAUGUGUCAUACCACAUCUUGUUACAAGAUGGGUGAAAGUUUUAUUCACUUUGUACAAAUUUCUAGAAUUAUAUAUUAUUAUUGUGUAAUUACAAUAUUACAUUUGUCUAUUCAACCUGGGAAUGCUAA